AUGCCUAGGAUAACCAGCUCAUGGUGAGAUGAUGAUUUCACGAGCCAACUUGAAGAUUUAAAAUUUUCACAUAUCAUAAGCUCUGCUUUAUCAGGGCUUCUAGUGCUCUCCUUUGACUUUUUAUUGCCCAGCCAGGUUUUCACCGCGAUUUUUAAAGCUGUAACACUUUUUUUACUUAUUAUAUGCUCAACAAUUCUAAUAAAUCGGAAUAACAACUCACGAACAAUAUUUCUCGUUAUUUCGACAACUGAGUUCUGUAGCUUUUUGAUGUGGUAUUUUUCUAGAACUACACUUGAUGAGCAUAGAGCCAUAUUUAUCAUCGGUGCGACUUUUAACUUACUCCUUUUACAAAUUCCAUGCGUAAAAUCCAGAUUUUUCUGCUGCAUUCUCAUAGCUAAACAUAUAUAGCCUCUGAAAUAUUUUAGAUCAUUAUUGGCCAUCCAUUUUUAAUUUCCAAAAUUAAUUUGUACUUGUCAGCUUUUUUGAAAAGUAAAACGAAAUUGACAAAUCUCCGUUUUAUGGUUUUUAGGUGCCUAAUCAGACUUAUACUGUAUAAGGCAGGUGCCCUGUACCAUAUAUUUUUUCUGGUCGGUAUUUUGUUGGGGUAUAGAGAUCUAUUAAGGUGCAUGGGCUAUAUAUCAAUGGUAUAUUUUUGAUAUUUUGAAAACUACCGAGAGUUAUACUAGUAACCUUUCUCCAUAUAUUGUGGUAUCAAGCUGUUUAAUCAUCCAGUUUAUGAAUAUUAGUACGACAUUUAAAAGUGGAUUAUUAACAUUUUCUCUUCAUAGAAAAGCAGAAGAAACAGAAAGAUGCCUGAAUUUUUUAUGUCAAUCAUUUUGUGAUGGAUUUUUGGUACUUUCAGAUGACUUGAAAAUUGAAUAUUUAAAUUCAAAUAUUUUAGCGCUUUUUGAGUGUGAAGAAAAUCAGUUACUUAACAAUAUUUCUUGUCAGACAUAUUGGGAUGGAAAAAAGUUAAACCAUCUCACAUUUAAAAAGUCAGUUAGGAGUAGGACUUAGGUCCUACAUCCAAACUCAGUGAGAGAAGCCCGAGAGUCUCAGCUCAAGAGAAUGGGUUUGCACUGAGUCUGGUGUAGAUCAAAGAGGUCCUAAGGGGCUUGGGGACAGAAGCAUGUUGACGAUUAGGCCAACCUGUCUACCAUUUUUCAGAGUUGUGGUCCAAGCUGAAUUCAGGAAGAACGGGACUUAAAGAAUUAUCUUAAUUUAAACCAUCUAACAAAUUCAUCAUUUAUAAUAGAUGAUAUUAAAGCAGCCUUUGCUUUACCUAUAAAUGGAGAAGCCCUAAUAGGGAUAGGAAAAAUAAAAUGGUGACGAUGAGGGAAAUUGGAUUCCUAGGUUCACUCCCUGUGGAGCAGGUAGAAAUCAUCCGAUAAAACUGAAAGCAGAACUUCUCCCUUUUUGGGUAGGCCUUCAGGUUGGGGAUGUCUUGCUGAAGAGUGAAGCUUUGUUUUUUCCCCUGAAGUUUUUCCUGUCACUGUCAGAUGGGCUAGGCAGGUUCUGCCUACCGCGUGGUCUAUCCUUGUCAGGAUCAUCGUGGCACUCUACAUACGGUAGCUCUGCCCUAGACAGUCUAAUUGUUUAAUUUAAUAGGGAUAUCGAAGUUAAGAAGCAACCUUUUGGAAUGAAAAAUUAAAAAAAUGCAUUGAAAAAGUAAACCAUCUUUAGUAAUUUUUUCAAGAAAUGUCAAUCAUUUAAUAGAACUCGAAUCCCUAUCUUCUGAAUGCAGGGCGAAAACUGACCUAUUGAACUUUGUAUCACAUGAACUAAGGGCUCCAGCGAAUUCAAUAAUUCUGUUUCAAGAACAAAUAAUUGAAGAGGAAGGGUCGAGACUAAAAACUACAACUGUUGAUAAGCUGCAGACAAUAAAUGUGCUUUCUCAUCUUCUUCUUUCCUUUGUAAAUGACUUGUUAGAUCACUCAAGAAUCAUGGCAGGUGCAUUUAAUUUAAAUAAAUCAAACUUUGAUAUCAGAGAUGUCAUCAAAGACUCAUGCAAGCUCUUUGAAAUUCAAGCUAAGCUUAAGCACAUUGAUUUAAGAAUACGUUUAGACCCGACCUUGCCUCAUUCAAUAUAUUCUGAUCCAAUGAGAAUUGGACAAAUUUUGGUAAAUCUUAUAGGAAAUAGCUUAAAAGUAUUACUUUUUUGAAUUUUAAUAGAUUUACUCUUAAUUAAAUUCUUGUUUUUCUUUGAAGCCUGUAAUAAGAUAGGAUCGGUGGAUCGACCGUUAGAGCCUAACUGCCUCAGCCCAAGCAAGAGUUCUCUUUCCAGCACACCAUGUGGAGUGUCACAACUCCAGGAAGCUGUCUCUUCGUCUUUAUAAGACUAUCUAGGAAUCUAAGUCCCUUUUUCAUGGAACGUUAGAAGAGUUUCAACCUCUAACGUUCCGCAUUUUUAAAAAAUUGUGAAGUAUUACUUAUUGUAGGUUCACCACAACUGGCUCAAUUGAGGUAUGUGUAUUUACUAGUCAUUUUAAUAGAAUUGAGUUUUCAGUCACAGAUACAGGUGCUGGGAUCUUACAAUCUCGCCUUGCAUCACUUUUCACGGCAUUUUCUACAUCUAACUCAGGUAAUUACAACCCUCAAGGUGUUGGAUUAGGUUUAUACAUUUCGGGAAUCUUAGCCAAAGCUUUAAACGGUACAUCUAUCCAAGUGGAGUCUCAUGAAGGAAAAGGAUCAAAAUUCACAUUUUACUUGCUCCCCCCCUUCCGUGAGCGAACAAAAAAAUUCUUAUUCACUCACGAGGGGGGGUUAAUUUAUUUUUAAAAAAAUCUAUGGAAUUUUAAAGAAAUAUUUUUUUCGAAAUUUUAAAAAAAUCCUAAUUCGCAAAAAUUGGAAAGCAAAUAUUAAUUUAAUUUAUAAAAUUUAUGUUUUAAAAACGCAAAUUUUUUAAAAUUAAACAGAAUUAGCUAUAGAUUUAAACGAAAAAUUGGAAUUUGCUUUAACUGAGUCUGAUAUGGGGCUAGUUGACGAAGGGCUGACAUCCCCAAUUGUAAUGAAAGCAAGAAGAGAGUCAUGCCAUAGAAACUUUUCUAAAGACAAAGUGCUAAUUGUGGAUGACAAUGACUUCAACAGAAUCAUUUUGGGAGCUAUUUUGGACAAAAAUCAAAUAGGGUAUAUAGAAGCAGAUAGUGGGACAAAAGCAUUGCAUAUUGUACAGAAGCAAAAUAAUAAAGGGAGGUAUAUCAAGCUUAUUAUUAUGGACUGCCACAUGCCAGUUAUUGAUGGAUGAGAAGCAACUAAAAAGAUCCAUGAAAUGCAUAAAACUCAACUUAUCCGGCAUAUGCCUGCGGUUAUUGGUUACACAGCAAGCUCUUCAGAAGAGGAAAUUAAAAAGUGUUUUGAGUAUGGAAUGGUAACUUAUUUACUGAAACCUGCCAGGCCAGAGCUGCUUAUGGAAUUGAUAAAUCAGUAUCUUGGAUUUGAUGAAGAAUCAUCUAAUGCAAUUGCUGACUCCACCCCUCCAUGAGCGAAAAAAGAAUUUUUUUUUUAAUUAUAUUUAAAUUUUAUAGUGGAUUUACAAAAAUGAAUAGCUAAAAUUAACUUAAUUUGUAAAUUUUAUGCCUAAAAUGCAAGUUGUUUAAAAUUCAACAGAAUUAGAUAGAUAGUUCAUUAUACUAAGAAUCAUUUAUAUAUAAUUUGUUUGUUCACUUAUGGUGUCUGUUUUUUUAUCUAAAAAUAGGGAUUUUUCCGAGUAAGUAA